CUCACCCCGACGCUGAGGUCUCAGUCUUCGAGUCACGCCACUUGUUGGCGAGAAUUGUUAUUUCUUUUUAAAUAUGCCAUAUACCGAAGAUCAAAUACGGAAUAAGUUGAUAAAAGGCCUGGACGCCGUACACGUGGAAGUCGUGGACCAGUCAGACGGUUGCGGUGCUAAGUUUGCAGUUGUGAUUGUUUCUAAUAAGUUCGAGGGGAAGCCUCUCCUGCAACGUCACAGAUUGGUCAAUUCGGUUCUGGCAGAAGAGCUGAAAGACAUUCAUGCAUUCUCACAGAAAACACUAACACCCGAGCAGUGGGAGAAAGAUCAGCCUUAGUUUAAACCGCAAUAUGAAAUGCUAAACUAUAAAAUGUAUUGAGGCUAAGUCCUAAAUGUGGAAAUAGAUCCCCUUGUUCUCUA